AUGAAUCGUGUUGUACGAAAUAAUUUACGUUUACGAUCCGGUGAUAUUAUUUCAAUUCACGCAUGUCAAGGUGUUAAAUAUGGUAAACGUAUACAUGUUUUACCAAUUAAUGAUACUGUUCAAGGCAUAACAGGAGAUUUAUUUGAAAUUUAUUUAAAACCAUAUUUUGUUGGAGCAUAUCGACCAGUUAAAAAAGGUGAUGUUUUUAUUGUACGUGCAGCUAUGCAUGCUGUCGGAUUUAAAGCUACUGAAACUGAUCCAGUACCAUAUUGUAUUGUUGCACCAGAUACAGUUAUACAUUGUGAAGGUGAUCCAAUAAAACGUGAAGAAGAAGAAGCAUCAUUCAAUGAAAUAGGUUAUGAUGAUAUUGGUGGUUGUAGAAGACAACUAGCACAAAUUAAAGAAAUGGUUGAAUUACUACUAAGACAUCCACAAUUAUUUAAAACAAUUGGCUUUAAGGGGACCCCCCCUUUCCGGCGUUUCUAA